CUUUCAGUUUCAUACAAAAGUUGUAUUGAAUUUAGUGUUGAAGUGAACGACAAAACAUAACAUCAAUUAAAUCAUUGACUUCACUGAACAUUGCAUUGUUUAUCACCAUUGGAUCAAAUUAGUGGUGAUAAUAGUAGUGGUCAUCAAUAAUGGCGAGAAACACCAUUGAGAUACCGCUGAAAGAAUCGGCCGACGAAGUGAUUGAACUCGAUUUAGAUGAACUGCCCGAUUGUCGAGAAGUCCUUCAGAUUCUGCAGUCAGAGUCGGCACCGCUUAAUGUUUGGAUCCAAUUAGCGUUGGCUUAUUAUAAGCAAAACAAAGAGCAAGACUUUGUUCAACUUCUGGAGAGUUCACGAACUGAUGCUUCGCUCAACUAUUCGGACUACGAAAGGGAUCAGAUGAGGGCGUUGGACACAUUGGCCGCCUAUUAUGUCAGUAAAGCUAAUCGGGAGAAAAAUCGCGAAAAGAAGCGCGAAUUGUUCGCUCAGGCGACUGUCCUCUACACGAAUGCCGACAAAAUCGUGAUGUAUGAGCCCAACCAUCUGGUCGGUAGAGCCCACUUCUGUCUGUCCGAACCCGAUAAGAUGGAACAGGCAGACGCACAGUUCACGUUUGUCCUCAAUCAGGCACCAAAUAAUAUACCAUCACUUUUGGGCAAGGCUUGUAUUAGUUUCAAUAAGAAAGAACCAAAAACGGCGCUCACUUUUUACAAGAAAGCCCUACGAAUUAAUCCCAAUUGUCCGGCAAAUGUACGGUUAGGAAUGGGUCACUGUUUCUACAAAAUGAAUAAACCAGAAAAGGCUAAACUGGCAUUUGAGAGGGCCCUCCAACUGGACCCACAAUGUGUCGGUGCACUUGUUGGCCUUGCUAUACUUGAGUUGAAUUUAAAGGCACCCGAAGCUAUUAGACGUGGAGUGCAAAUGUUAUCCAAAGCUUAUACCAUCGAUCAAACUCAUCCAAUGGUUCUCAAUCAUUUGGCUAAUCAUUUCUUCUUUAAAAAAGAUUACAAAAAAGUACAACAUUUAGCUCUUCACGCCUUUCAUAACACCGAAAAUGAGGCGAUGAGAGCCGAAAGUUGUUAUCAAUUGGCGCGAAGUUUUCAUAUUCAGGAAGAUUUUGAUCAGGCCUUCCAAUACUACUACCAGGCCACUCAAUUUGCUUCGGCAUCAUUUGUAUUACCUCAUUAUGGUUUGGGUCAAAUGUAUAUUCACAGAGGAGAUGUCGAUAAUGCCGCCCAAUGUUUUGAGAAAGUACUCAAAUCGUAUCCAAACAAUUACGAAACGAUGAAAAUCUUGGGCUCUCUAUACGCUCAGUCCAAUAACCAAACAAAGAGAGAUCAGGCGAAACAGUUUCUCAAGAAAGUCACUGAACAACAUCCCGAUGAUGUUGAGGCGUGGAUCGAGUUGGCACAGAUUCUCGAACAAUCAGAUCUUCAGGCCGCUCUCAAUGGAUACGGAACUGCUAUUAAGAUUUUCAAAGAGAACCAAAUGGACAUUCCGGCAGAAAUUUAUAACAAUGUGGCCGCACUUUACUUUAGAAUUGGAAAUCUUAAGGAAGCGAUGAAUAAUUAUACGAUGGCUUUGAAGAGAUGUAAUGAAGAGAUGGAACACGAAGAACACUAUUUCAAAUCAAUAUCAGUGACCAUUAACUACAAUCUCGCCCGACUUCAUGAGGCUAAUCAUGAUUAUAAUAAGGCAGAAAUUAUUUAUAAAAAUAUAUUGAGAGAACAUCCUAAUUAUGUGGACUGUUAUCUGAGAUUGGGAUGUAUGGCUAGAGAUUUAGGACAGAUUUAUGAAGCCAGUGACUGGUUUAAGGAAGCACUUCAGGUUGAGAAGGAUCAUCCCGACGCCUGGUCACUAAUCGGGAACUUGCAUUUGGCUAAACAAGAGUGGGGUCCGGGACAGAAAAAGUUUGAGCGCAUUCUGGCUCAGGAAUCAACAUCACAGGACACUUACUCUAUUGUUGCAUUGGGUAACGUAUGGUUACAAACAUUACAUCAGCCGACCAAAGAAAAAGAUAAAGAGAAGCGCCAUCAGGAAAGAGCUAUUCAAAUGUAUCGUCAGGUUCUUAAGAUUGACGCCAAAAAUAUUUGGGCCGCCAAUGGUAUCGGAGCUGUUUUGGCGCACAAGGGUUACGUAAGUGAAGCGCGAGAUAUUUUCUCACAGGUUCGGGAGUCGACCGCUGACUUUCCCGAUGUCUGGAUAAACAUUGCACACAUCUAUGUUGAACUGAAACAAUAUGUAAGCGCAAUACAGAUGUAUGAAAACUGUUAUCGACGCUUCUACUCGUAUACCAACACCGAUAUAAUGCUUUACAUGGCUCGGGCUUACUUUAAAUGGGGAAAAAUAAGGGAAUGUAAGAAUAUUCUUCUGCGUAGUCGUCGUGUUAAUCCACACGACACGGUCUUAUUAUUCAAUUUGGCGCUUGUCUUACAAAAGUUAGCCGCAAGUGUCUUAGAGGACACAAAAAGUUCAUUGAGAACAGUCCUCUCAGCAGUUCAUGAGUUAGGUUUAGCACAAAAAUAUUUUGGAUUUCUUAAGAAAAAUGGCGAUAAAAUGAAGUUUGAUUUGAGAAUGGCUGAGAUCGAAGAAAAACAGUGCCAAGACUUGUUGUCGCAGGCACAAUAUGUUGUCAUCAGAGCGAGACGUAUGGAUGAAGAGGAACAGGAAACUCGUCGUAAACAAGAAGAAGAAAGAGAGACAUUCAGACAAAAGUUGUUGGAAGAGCAGCGACAGAAAGAAGAAGAAAAAUCUAAACACGAACAACAACUCAUUCUUAAGAGACAACAGUUUGUCGAACAAUCAAAGAAUAAACUUAUAUUCCCUGAAGUAAGUGAAGACAAACCAAAAGCAAAGAGAAAGCGUUAUAUGGAUGACGACGGCUUUGUCAACGAUAGCUCAUCCGAUGGCGACGGACCCGAACGUAUCAAACGACCACUUAAUCUGGCAGAAGGAGAAACCAGCGAAAGUCAUCGCAGACGUAAACGAAAACGAAGAGAUAGAUCAGAGUCAGGAUCUGAUGCAGAUGUAAAAGAAAGGAAUGAAGAGAGAAGAAAACGGAGAGAAGAGGAAAGACUCAAAAGAAAAGAGAAACGAAAGAAAGAGAAAGAAAGUCGAGGACGUGUUCACAUCCAUCAAACCGCUGAUUCAGUAAAAUCACAAAAACCCGGAAAGUUUAAGUCGAAAGAGUAUAUCGAUUCAGACAGCUCUUCGUCAUCGGGUGAAGACAAAGAAGCAAAUCUUGUUAUCAAUGAUGAAAACAGUGAUAAUGAUGGCGACACAGGUUCAAAACGCAAGUCUGUAUCCGAUAAGUCAUCGGAUUCAGAGAGAUCCAAAUCAUCGCGAUCUCCAUCGCCUUCCGGCAAAAUAUCAUCGGAUGUGUCGUAUAGUUCAGCAUCUGAUGAUGAAAAGGACAAAAAGAUUGAAAAGAAAAGAAAAAGAGUUAUCAGUGAUGACGAUAGCGAUAAUGAAGAGCAGAAGAGGAUAGUUGCUGAAGACAAGAAGUCAUCGGAUAAUUUAGAUAAAUCUGAAAAAGACUCGGAUUCAGAGCGAUCCGAACGAUCGGCUAAAUCUCCUUCACCGGUAAAUAAACUAUCACCAGAUGUGUCGUACAGUUCAUCUGAUGAGGAAAAGGAGGACAAACCGGAUAAGAAAAGAAAGAUUGUAAUCAGUGAUGACGAUAGUGACGAUGAAAAGAGUGACUAAUUUUAAUUAAAUAUAUUUAUAAUUAUGUAAUUUGUUAAGAAAACAGCAAUUUAUGUAUAACUGUAUUUCAUAAUUAAUUUCAUCCGUGUAUUCAAAUUAAUAU